UCCUAGACACAACAACAACAACAAAUCCGGUUGUUUGUCUCUUGUGUAUUUGUGGUAGGUAAAAAAAAAACAAGCAAGAUGAGGUGCUUCACUCUUUGCUUGGCAGUGCUCUUCGUAAGUGCGUAUGUCAGCGCUAAAUCCUUCAAAGAAGAAGAAGAAGGAGAGAUCAAAGAUCUCGAGACCGCUUUUUCCGACUUGGAGGUCGCCGCGUCGCACCACGGUCACCACAGUUCUCACGAAGAAGGUGGAGGCCACGAGCACCACGGACAUCACCAUUCCAGUCACGGGGGUAAGGGAGACAAGGGCUACCAUACCGACCAUCACCACCACAAAGGACACCACGGGAAACACGGUAAACACCACCACGAAGGCCACCACGGAGAAAAGGGAGGACACCAUCACGAACACCACGAGGGUGGCGGCCAUCAUGCCUCCCAUCACGAGCACGGACAUCACCAUAAGGGAGGCAAACACGGUGAGAAGCACGGACACAAGAAAGGACAAAAGACCCAUGGACAUCACGUGAAGAAACACCACGACGAACACCAUAAGAAGCACAAGUUCUACGAUGAACACCACAAGGAUGGGCACCAUAGCAAACACGGACAUCACCACGGACACCACGGAUCCCACGAGGGUCAUCACAAGAAGGGAGGUCAUCACCAUAGCGGAUACCAUCAUGACCAUCAUGGUAAGAAAGGACACGGAGGUAAAGGACACCACGAGCAUCACCAUAAGGGACACAAGGGUCAUGGGGGUCACGAGAGUCACCACCAUCAUCAUUCCGAGCAUGGUAAGAAGGGAGAUCACCACGACGGGAAACACUGGGGAUUUAGCCACAAGCACUAGUUUUGGACAACGAGGAAUGAUUGAAGACUGUUGUUGUUUUUGUUGUUUUAUUUGUUGUUUCUUUGUUUUUGUUGAUUUUGACGGUUAUAAAUAAAUGUUUAAAAAAAAAAUGCUUUUGUUGCAAUUU